UCUGAAAAAAAGGAAAAGCUCUGGGCGCACAGCACAGCCUGAGAGGUAUAGAGAGUGCCACAACUACACUGCCACUUAAAGUCGCGAUUGGACACGCAAAAAAAGACAGAAGACUUCUGCGCCUGAAGAUGCCCCUUUCAAGCAGCUCCACGUCCUCCACAAAGAGCAUCCGCAGAGCAGCAUCAGAGCUGGAGAGGUCUGACUCCAUCACGUCAAGGUUUCUCGGCAGACGGCAAAGCUUGAUCGAGGACGCGCGCAAGGAUAGGGAAGCCGCCGCUGCAGCGGCAGAGGCUGCAGAGGCCAGUGAGCAGAUCGUGUUUGAGGAGGACAACGGAAAAGCGCUGCUCAACCUCUUCUUCACUUUAAGAAGCUCCAAGACACCUGCACUGUCGCGGACACUCAAGGUUUUCGAGACAUUUGAAGCUAAGAUUCAACAUUUGGAGACGCGACCGUGCCAGAAGCUAAAGGACAGCCUGGAAGGCCUGGAGUACUUUGUUCGCUGUGAGGUGCACCUCUCAGACGUCAGUACUCUUAUCAGCUCAAUCAAGAGGAACGCAGAGGAUGUCAAAACCACCAAAGAAGUCAAAUUUCAUUGGUUCCCAAAGAAAAUAGCAGAUUUAGACAGAUGUCAUCAUCUGGUCACAAAAUUUGAUCCAGACUUGGAUCAAGACCAUCCUGGCUACACAGACCCUGCUUACAGACAGAGGAGGAAAAUGAUUGGAGACAUCGCCUUCAGAUACAGACAUGGGCAGCCGAUUGCCAGAGUGGAAUACACAGAGGAGGAGAUUGGCACAUGGAGGGAAGUCUACUCAACUCUGAGGGAUUUGUACGUCACCCAUGCCUGCAGUGAAUACCUCGAGGCCCUCUGUCUGCUGGAAAGGCAUUGUGGGUACAGUCCAGACAACAUUCCCCAGUUGGAAGACGUGUCAUGCUUCCUUAAAGAGCGUACAGGGUUCCUGCUGCGUCCAGUGGCAGGUCUGCUCUCAGCUAGAGAUUUCCUGGCCAGUUUGGCAUUCCGGGUGUUCCAGUGCACCCAGUACAUCCGACACUCCUCCUCCCCUAUGCACUCCCCAGAGCCUGACUGUGUCCAUGAACUGCUGGGCCACGUCCCCAUGCUGGCCGACCGCACUUUUGCCCAGUUUUCACAGAGCCUUGGUCUGGCAUCACUUGGAGCUUCAGAUGAAGAUAUUGAGAAACUGUCCACACUGUACUGGUUCACUGUGGAGUAUGGCUUAUGUAAACAGAAUGGUGAGGUGAAGGCUUACGGAGCUGGACUGCUCUCCUCUUAUGGAGAGCUCGUGCACUCACUGUCUGAUGAACCAGAGACAAGGGAGUUUGAACCAGAGGCUGCAGCAGUGCAAGGCUAUCAAGACCAGACAUACCAGCCUGUCUACUUUGUUUCUGAGAGUUUUUCAGAUGCCAAGGAGAAAUUCAGGAGGUACGUGGCUGGCAUCAAGCGUCCCUUCUCUGUGAGGUUCGAUCCGUACACCAGCAGUGUCGAGGUGCUGGACAACCCGCUGAAGAUCCAAGGAGGCCUGGAGGGUGUGAAGGACGAGCUCAAGAUGCUGACAGAUGCCCUCAGUGUUUUGUCCUGAUGAUGCCCCAGUCUGCGACCACCCUGCUGCUGUCUGCUUCCUCGCCGCUGCGCUCCAAGACGUCCGACAUGUGAUCGAGACCGAUGUGAUCAUCUUUCUGUGCUGUACCUCCAGUAUGAUGCUGUUUCUGAUGAGUCAUUGCUUGCUGUCGCUGGCUGGUUGGCCGACAAGGUUGCAACCAUUAAAACCUCGAUACACAGCGCGUGCAGGCAAAGUUUCCAAAGAUGUUUAAAUGCCUCGCUGGGUAUGGAUCCAUUUGUGAAAUAAUAAGGUUUUACAGACCGUUCAUGCUUUUAAAGCAAAGUGUGUUGUUGUCAAAUUCUGAACCAAAAUCAAAGGGAACUGUGGUAAUGAAUGUAUAAAAUAAAACUAAAUGGGUAUGGUAUAAUUAUUUUAAAAUAAA